CACAAUGAGUCCGGGACUCUCUGGUGCCCUUUAAGUCAAGGGCCUCGGCAAUUCACUCUGCCAAGGCUGGUAAUCCUUUGCCAACAGUAUGCUGUCUGUUUUUUGGGUGGUUCUGACCUGAGGAGCUUACAGUAUCUGUUUAACGAGCGCAUGGGAAGCAUCACAUAAAGCUCUCCCUGGAGCUCUGUGCGGCCUUGCUGCAGGGGGUAAUGAUCUUUUAUUAACAGUCAAAGAAUGGACUCUAACAAAGUGGUUGAACUUCUGCUCCCGGUGUAAGCGUUACAUCGCUCGAUAAUGACAUUAGAAAGACCGAGCGAAGCAGAAAUGUGACAACACUUGUUAAAGAGGCUCCAGAGCGUUGACAGCUCCAGGUUUACCCGUGCAGGGGCAUCAAGACGGACGAGAAAACCCCGAGGAUCAGGGCCUCCUGUCCGGAUGACACCAGCAGGAGCCAGCUACACCGCUAUCCUUAGCUAGCAUUAGCUAAGCUAACAAAUGUCUUCCCUGAAUUCGAAAUAAUUGUAAAUGGAUAACUUCAUGCGAACAAUUUGAUUUGAGGUGUGUGGGACUGGGACUUGUUAGGGGGUUUGCUGUCACCGGAUGGACGGACGACAUCCUUUCUAGGACUAACUGGCAGUGUACACUGAAAGGUUCUCCAGGCAUGAUGGAAGGACUUCAUAGUCAGGCUUUAAGCCUGGAUCCACGCAGGCAGGAACUGCUCGAGGCUCGCUUCACUGGUGUUGGUGUGACCAAGAGUUCAGCCAACAGUGAAUCAUCCGACCAGUCACUGUGCAGCGCGGGAUCACUCAGUGACAAGGAACUGGAGACACCAGAGAAGAAGGCCAAUGACCAGAGAAACAGGAAGAGGAAAGGAGACGUCUAUGACAGCAAUAGCCAGGGAAAAGGAAGAGGGCACAAAGUAAGCGACUAUUUUGAGUUUGCUGGUAGCAGUGGCUCUGGCACCAGUCCUGCCCGGGGCAUCCCCAUGCUGGUGCGCCCCUCUCCACAGCACUCACUGUCUAAUCCUCUGUUUCAGCAUGGCAGUCCUUCGUCCACUGGCUCAGCCCACACAGACUCUUCAUCUUGCAGCUCUGUUAAGACAACCCCGACACACUCCUGCUCACACAAAGCCAUCCAGUCAGAGCUGACGCUGCUGAAACUGACAGCACUGGAGAAGGACAAGAACUCUGACCUGGAGAAGAAAGAGGGGAGAAUAGAUGACCUCCUGAGGGCUAACUGCGACUUGAGGCGGCAGGUAGAUGAGCAACAGAAGAUGCUGGAGCGCUACAAGGAACGACUUAACAAGUGUGUGACCAUGAGCAAGAAGCUCCUAAUCGAGAAGUCAAAGCAGGAGAAGAUGGCUUGCAGGGAUAAGAGCAUGCAGGACCGCCUGCGCCUGGGCCACUUCACCACCGUACGACACGGAGCCUCCUUCACUGAACAGUGGACAGAUGGAUAUGCCUUCCAGAACCUCAUCAAGCAGCAAGAGCGAGUCAACUCGCAGCGGGAGGAGAUUGAGAGGCAGAGGAAGCUGCUGGGGAAGAGGAAACCUCCUUCCAUGGCCCAGACGCCUCCACCCAGCCUCGAACAGAACAAACGAAAGAGCAGGAGCAACGGCCAGGAGAAUGAAGCGUUGUCACUGGCAGAAUAUCAUGAGCAAGAGGAGAUUUUCAAACUUCGAAUUGGUCAUCUAAAAAAGGAAGAAGCCGAGAUCCAGGCAGAACUGGAGCAUUUGGAGCGAGUGAGGAACUUGCACAUUCGGGAACUGAAGAGAAUCCAUAACGAGGACAACUCGCAAUUUAAAGACCACCCCACGCUGAACGAGCGAUAUCUGCUUUUACAUUUACUUGGAAGAGGAGGCUUUAGUGAAGUGUUCAAGGCUUUCGAUUUGACAGAGCAAAGGUAUGUGGCCAUUAAAAUCCAUCAACUCAACAAGAACUGGAGGGAGGAGAAAAAGCAAAACUACCAUAAACACGCCUGUAGAGAGUACAGAAUCCACAAGGAACUUGACCACCCUAGAAUAGUCAAACUCUACGACUAUUUCUCACUCGACACAGACUCGUUCUGCACAGUGCUGGAGUACUGUGAAGGCAAUGAUCUGGACUUCUACUUGAAGCAGAAUAAGCUGAUGACCGAGAAGGAGGGCCGCUCUAUUGUAAUGCAGAUUGUCAACGCUCUCAAGUAUCUCAACCAGAUUCGCCCACCCAUCAUCCACUAUGACCUCAAGCCAGGAAACAUCCUGUUGGUUAAUGGCACAGCUUGUGGAGAGAUAAGGAUCACUGAUUUCGGCCUGUCCAAGAUCAUGGAUGAUGACAGCUACAACUCUGCAGAUGGCAUGGAGCUGACCUCACAGGGAGCAGGGACCUACUGGUACCUGCCUCCUGAGUGCUUUGUGGUGGGCAAAGAGCCACCCAAAAUAUCCAACAAGGUCGAUGUUUGGUCAGUAGGGGUCAUCUUCUACCAGUGCUUGUAUGGACGCAAGCCAUUCGGUCAUAACCAGUCACAGCAGGACAUCCUUCAAGAGAACACCAUAUUAAAAGCCACUGAGGUGCAGUUUCCUCCCAAACCUGUGGUCACCACAGAUGCGAAGGCCUUCAUUCGACGUUGCCUGGCUUAUCACAAGGAGGACCGUGUGGAUGUGUUUCAGCUGGCCAGCGACCCCUUCCUAAUGCCCCAUAUUCGAAAAGCUCUGGGCAGCAGCACACCCCUGGCACCUCCCGUCCCCUCCACCUCCAGCUGCUACAGCAGCAGUGCCUCUGAGUGAAGCAAGCGCAAAGAAACUGGAAGAAAACCCCAGUGAGGACAAAUCCACGCAGAGACAUUACACACUUGAUGAAAAUCCUCCUUUGCCCUCCUGAAUUUGAAAGAGAGCAUUAUGGGAUGUAGGGAUUGCAAAAGUGUGAAUGGAACCAAGAUAUUGGAUGACGUGGCGAUAUCGUUGUUUACGUAAUAAUGAAGGGCCGGUCUCUGGCUGUGGGCUCAGUAGAACCCAAAGAUUUGCCCAUAUGCAUGCACUAACACGAAAACUUUGGCUCAUUUCAAGGGGCUUUUCUUUUCAUGAUAAAUAGUAAAAGCACCCGAAAAAUUGCACAAACUGACAGGCUGAGGCAUGUGCCAUGUGUGGAAGAUGACAUGCCUGUGCUCUGGAAGAUUUAGAAGAAGCAUUAAUGGAAUUUCAUCACAAUUUGCUUGAAAUGCAUCAUCUAUUAAAAUAUUUUUAAAAAUUAGUGUCACUUUCACAUAUGUAUCCCUAUAGGUUUGAUCCUGGGACUUUCAGGAAGGGCUCUUACAAGUAGUAAGGAAUGACUGAUGACCAAAGUUCAAGGCCUGCCUUGUUGAAAUGGCACCAUUUUGAGCGAUCAGAAAAGGACUCGACACAGAAGAGGUCUGAUUCCAGGAAGAGCAGCUGGUUUUGACCUACUUUAAAUAUUUUACUGGAUAACUGGAAGUCAAUUUAUUUUAAUUGUUAAGUCCAUAUUUUUCCAUGAAAUUUACCCCUUUUUGUUAACCUUGGAGUGUGGGGGGGGGGGGGGUGACUGUGAGUGAGUGAUUGUGAUGACAGUUAAGAUUCAACAGAGAUAAUCAUGAAAUCAUUAAUAAACACAUUUGGUUAA